AUGGCAGCGGCAGGGCAGCAGCUCCGAGGGUUCACCACCACCGACGACGACAACGCUCGGGCCAGCCUCGCCGUUGCCACGGAAACCGGCGGACAGAGGAGGGCGAGAGCGGCGCUGCCGCUGUUGCCACGGCAACAAGAGCGGCGGCGGCACAGCGCACGUCGCUCGCCGCGGCACAACACGACGGCCUCCUCGCUUUCCCUACUCGGCUCCUCUCUCCCUCCCCGGAUCCCUCCACCACCUCCGGCGGCCCCGCGGUCGGGAGCUGCGGAGCGCCAGCCUCGAAUCGGCGGCUGUCUGCGGCACCGACGACGAGGAGAACGCGGCGGCGAGCCCCUUUCACCCAGUCUGCAGCCCUCGGUACAAGCUCUCGCCGUGCGAACCGCGUGGCGCAAUGCGCCCCGCGCUGGCCGCUUGACCAGCAGCGGUGGUGCGCGCGGCGGCGCCCAACACUGGCAGCUGCGGCGCGCAGCAGCGCCGGCGGACGCACGCACGACACUAAGGGAGUGGAGGGGGGGCAAGCUGAUAGCGCCCCCGGGUCCGCGCUCCGACACCCCUCCUCGCCUCUCCCACCCACCACCGGUGCCGCCCGCGCUCCCUUCCCCUCCCCCUAGGCACCCACACGGCGACUCGAGCUAUCAGCUGACCGGCCGCUGGCAUGGCAUGCAAGUAUGCGGCGCGCGCAUGCAGUAUCCACGUGUGCGCCGUAAGCCGACCAGCGACGACGGCAGCGUUUCGGACAAGCCCCGGUUUCCAGGAGCCGCUCCUACGAACCGGACCGACGAGGUGCAAAACGUCGACGACGUCCGGGAGCUGCAGAACGCGGAAACGUCGGAGCCGCGUGCCGAUCCAGUGAUAGAUUUACCGAGAUAA